AUGCUAUAUGCCGACGAUGCCGGCGUUGUGUCGAAGUCCGCCGACGGCCUGGCGAGGAUGAUGACCAUUAUCGUGGAGGUGUUCCGGGAGUUCGGGCUGACGGUGUCGGAGAGGAAGACGGAGACCCUGGUGAUGCGGGUGAAGGAGAGACAGCGACCGCCGCCGCCGCCACCGCCGGUGCUGACCAUCGAAGCAGCGGGGCAAAGGUACGCACAGACGACCGAGUUCCGAUACCUGGGCGGCCUCGUCAACGAGCAGGGCGACCUUACCCGAGAGAUCAACCACAGGAGCAAAGCAGCGUGGGCGUGCAUUAAGCGAUACGCCACGGAGCUCUUCGACCGACCGGGAGCACCGUUUCGCCUCAAAGCCCGCCUGCUCCAGGCGGAGGCAGUGGAGGCACUGCUAUACGGCUGCAUGACAUGGUCCCCACGCCGCAACCACUACGGAAUGCUGCAGACGACACACCACCGGCUACUCCUGCGAGUCAUCGGCUACCGGCGCAAACGAGGCACCUACCGGCAGCUGUCAUACGCCCAGGCGCUAAAGAGGGUCGGCUGCCAGAGCGUGGAGGCCACUGUCCGUCAACGGCGCCUGCUCUUUGCGGGGGCCGUGGCAAGACAGCCGGACGGGCGGCUUCCGAAACGGCUGAUGUUCGGCGAGUUGGUGGGAGGGGAGGACCCGGGCCAGGGAAACCCGGAGCAGAACUGGCUGACAUGCCUGAAGGACGACAUGAAGAUGUUCGAAGCCAGGUACGGCUCCACGACCGACAAGCCGAGCGUCUUCGGAGUCCCGAAGUUAGUCUGGAGUGAGGCGGCGAAGGUGGAGGGGGGGGUACCGUGGCACGCGGGGGUGCUACAGGGAGCUGAGAGGUUCAUGGCCUCUUGGCACAAGGGCAAGGAGGAGGCCAACCGACAACGAGCCAUCAAACGAGGAGACAGCGGGCCCAAAAAUAGUCUAGAUACGGCACCAAUCAACGGGGCGGUAGGGGGGCGGAAGGAAACGGCGCGGCGGGAAGAAAGCAAGCGAGAAGAGACCGACCGCGUGACGUGACAUGUUGCGGUCGAAUUUCAACGACUAAUUUUUCUGUUGCCCUCUCCCCCGUUUGCUGUCGCGUUCAGACUGUCUCUAGGGAUAUCCCUGUCUCUGUGCGAGUUUGUUUGUGUCCUCGUCUUUGCUUUAUUCUGUUUUAUUUUGUCUUUUGUUUUGUUUUUUACUGGCACGUACCCCCGCCCCUUCCUUUGGCCGUCGACCUGCCUCCAUGUAGUGGGAGGCUACCCCCCCAGGCUGGUGGUGCGGCCGUUCCACUAGUCUAAUUAUUUAUUUUAUUUUAUUUUAUUUGUUUCUGAUUAUAUUUUGUUUUCUUGUAUUUUAUCGCUCUGCUGACCCUUGGGGUCCAUUUUAUUUUGGUAUACCUUUUCUAGUGAUAUUACUAGAGCUAUCCCAUGUGGAUACCCAUGUUCAGUUCACAGCAGCAGCAGUGCAGGACAAUGUGUUUGCCUCUCUCGAUCGAGCCCCCCAUUUCACGCCCAGCUCGUACAGCAGUCACCGAUGAGAGCCCUGAUGUGUGUUGGUCUGUUGUUACAUACCAAAGGUUUGUGGGAGCAAGGGAGUGGCGUGUGGAUGCGACCAUGUG